UACCGGUGUAGAGGCUCUAGGGAGGGACGGAUAUCGCUGUGACGCCGCGGAGCCUCUGUAGGGGAAGAGUGUCGGUGUGGCAUCCUUGCACGCUGAAGGAGCCGGCGGAACCCGGUGGCCAUGGGGAUGUUGUCGUCGCUGGAUGCGAUGUGGGAGAUGCCUGCCGAGAAGCGUAUAUUUGGGGUUGUGUUGCUGUUUUCCUGGACAGUAUAUCUUUGGGAGACCUUCCUAGCACAGCGGCAGAGAAGGAUCUAUAAAACAACAACUCAUGUGCCACUGGAGUUAGGACAGAUCAUGGAUUCAGAAACAUUCGAGAAAUCGCGACUAUAUCAGCUGGACAAAAGUACUUUCAGCUUCUGGUCAGGACUCUACUCAGAGAUUGAAGGCACCCUUAUUCUUCUCUUUGGUGGAAUCCCUUAUCUUUGGAGACUCUCUGGACGGUUCUGUGGAUAUGCUGGCUUUGGACCAGAGUAUGAGAUCAUCCAGUCCUUGGUGUUUUUGCUGUUGGCUACACUUUUCAGUGCAUUGACUGGUUUGCCAUGGAGUCUUUAUAAUACUUUUGUGAUAGAAGAAAAGCAUGGUUUCAAUCAACAGACCUUGGGGUUCUUCAUGAAAGAUGCAAUCAAGAAAUUUAUUGUGACUCAGUGUAUUUUAUUGCCUGUGUCUUCACUUCUACUUUACAUUAUUAAAAUUGGGGGUGACUAUUUUUUUAUAUAUGCCUGGCUGUUCACAUUAGUUGUUUCUCUGGUUCUUGUUACAAUCUAUGCAGAUUAUAUUGCUCCUUUAUUUGACAAAUUCACACCUUUGCCUGAGGGAAAGUUGAAACAAGAAAUAGAAGUAAUGGCAAAGAGUAUUGACUUUCCUUUGACCAAAGUAUAUGUUGUUGAAGGAUCUAAACGUUCGUCUCACAGCAAUGCUUAUUUUUAUGGCUUCUUCAAGAACAAACGAAUUGUUUUAUUUGAUACUCUAUUAGAAGAGUACUCUGUACUAAACAAAGAUAUCCAGGAAGAACCUGGCCUGGAACCCCACAAAGAUGGAGAAGGGGACAGUGAAGAAGUAAAGGCCAAAGUUAAAAAUAAGAAACAAGGAUGUAAAAAUGAGGAGGUGCUCGCUGUACUAGGUCAUGAACUGGGACAUUGGAAAUUGGGACACACAGUCAAAAAUAUCAUUAUUAGCCAGAUGAAUUCUUUCCUGUGUUUCUUCUUGUUUGCGAUAUUAAUUGGUCGACGGGAGCUUUUUGCUGCAUUUGGUUUUUAUGAAAGUCAACCCACGCUAAUUGGACUGUUGAUCAUCUUCCAGUUUAUUUUUUCACCUUACAAUGAGGUUCUUUCGUUUUGUCUAACAGUCCUAAGCCGCAGGUUCGAGUUUCAAGCUGAUGCAUUUGCCAAGAAACUGGGAAAGGCUAAAGACUUAUAUUCUGCUUUAAUCAAACUAAACAAAGAUAAUUUGGGAUUUCCAGUUUCUGACUGGUUGUUUUCCAUGUGGCAUUAUUCUCAUCCUCCGCUAUUAGAGAGACUUCAAGCUUUAAAAAAUACAAAAGAAGACUGAGAUGCCCAGGGUCCGCGACUAAAGACAUUUCUGAUUAUUUGUUUUGGCAGCAUGUUCCAGCUCUUGAUGUUUUUAAACUUUUUUUCUUUUUUAAGAAAAAUUAUUAAGUACAGAAAAGCCCAGAUUUAAAUGCAUUUAAUAGCUCAUUUCAAAAUUAUUUUAAUAAUCCAUUUCUGAAAGAAAAUACUGGAUGAAACUUUGAGACAAUGUUUUUAAAGGGAGUUUUCUUUUAUCUUUGACAUCUGCCCACCAUCAGCUUUUUGAUGAUUUAAGAAAACACAGAACUUGAUUAUUU